AUGGGUGUGGAUGACAGGAAUUUGAACCAAAAUCCUCGCACACUACUGCCCAAAUUCUAUGGUCUGUAUUGUGUACAGAUUGCAGGCAAAAACAUACGGAUUGUGGUGAUGAAUAAUUUACUCCCUCGGUCAGUGAAAAUGCACUUGAAAUAUGACCUGAAGGGUUCUACUUACAAGCGGCGAGCGUCUCAAAAAGAGCGGGAAAAGCCAGUUCCUACAUUCAAAGAUUUGGAUUUCUUAGAGGAUGUGCCAGAUGGUUUAUGUCUGGAUGCUGAUAUGUAUAGUGCAUUCUGCAAAACCAUACAAAGGGACUGUUUGGUUCUGCAGAGUUUCAAAAUCAUGGAUUACAGUUUACUAGUUGGAAUUCACAACAUUGACCAAGCUUUUCGUGACAAAGAGGCAGAUGGGACAAUACCAGACGCAAGGCGACCUGUUGGACAGAAGGCACUUUAUUCCACAGCAGUAGAGUCAAUCCAGGCAGAUUCAGUUCGAGGGGGAGCCUUGGAUUCAGAAGACCAAAUGGGCGGCAUCCCAGCUCGUAAUUCAAAAGGUGAACGACUGUUGAUAUACAUGGGUAUAAUUGAUAUUCUCCAGUCUUACAGGUUUGUAAAGAAAUUGGAGCAUUCCUGGAAAGCACUAGUGCAUGAUGGGGACACUGUUUCUGUUCACAGACCUGGUUUCUAUGCUGAAAGAUUUCAGACGUUUAUGUGUAACAAAGUUUUCAGAAAAAUACCAUUAAAACCAUCGCCGUCUAAAAAGAGCAGAAGUGGCAUGAGUGGAACCCGUCGAAUUCCUCCUGGCAGUGGAGUGCAGCCACCUCAGUUCCAGUCAGUAGGGGAGAGUAAAGCGCAAACUUCAGUGGUACAUAUAACAACAGAAGCAGAGGUGGAACAAGAUCCCCAUCUAGGUCGCCCUGACCUCCUGCCAAGGACGCCUCCAGUUGAUGAAGCCAGUGAUUCUGUAGCAACAACUUUGUCUACUUCUUCUUUGGGCAGUGGUGGGCAGAACUCGCCAGCCCAUAGGUCAGUGGGUGUAGAGGUUCACAAAUCAGAAAACACAGAACAGGAAGCGAACCUUCCGUCACAUGGCAUCAGUUCCUAUAGUGGGAUAGCACUAAUGCCAGAGUCAGUAACACAACCUCUUCCUUCAGAACAGAUUGAGUUAACAAUACAGAGUGAUGAAGCACAAGUAGAUGAGAGCCUGCAAGAAACUGACAUUUGGUUUUGAGUCUGAAGGAAAUUGGAAUUUCAAGAGCAAUGAGCUUACACUCUCACACCCUGCAUGAUCUACCAGACCCUUC